AUGGAUAGAGAGGCUUGGGAAAGGGCUUCCAAGGACAAUGCUGAAAGUGCUUCCAGAGAUCCUCUUGUUGUUGGCCGAGUUGUAGGAGAUGUUCUUGAACACUUCACUAGGUCUCUUCCUUUCUCUGUUACCUAUGGCAACAAGGAGGUUCACAAUGGUGUUCAACUCAAGCCCUCUCUAGUUGCCAAACAACCUAAGGUUGCUAUUGGUGGAAGUAAUUUCACGAACUUCUACACUUUGGUAAUGGUGGAUCCUGAUGCACCCAGUCCAAGUGACCCCAACCUUAGAGAGUACUUGCAUUGGUUGGUGACAGAUAUUCCGGAAACAACAGAAGCAACUUAUGGCAAAGAGAUUGUUGAAUAUGAGAGCCCAAAACCGAAAGUGGGGAUUCACAGGUUUGUUUUUGUGCUGUUUCGGCAACCCAGAAAUCAAACUGUGUAUGCACCAGGGUGGCGCCAGAACUUCAUAACCAGAGAGUUUGCAGAGAUUUACAAUUUUGGAUCACCCUUGGCUGCUGUUUUUUUCAAUUGCCAGAAGGAGACUAAGGGCUCUACUAGCUCAUCAAGCUCGAAGAAACAUUACUAA